AAUAUCGUUCUGUAACUGGCGAAGGUAAUAAAAAGGAUGAACCAUUAAUUGGUAUUUCAAACACUCCAUUCGCCAGAAAAUUUCCAUCAGUGCCUAAUUUCGCAGAUGUGAAUUAUAAUUUGAUUCCCACACCAGGAAAUUAUAAAGCUAUUGAUACAGGUGCACUUACUUCUUGUAGUGCUAAAUUACCUGUUGGCACAUUUCCUUUGCCUAGGUGUGUUAGUAAUAAAAUAAUGUCUAUGCAAUUAAUUGAUGAUGACAUGUUCGAUAUAAAACGUUUGGAUAAAUUCAAAAGCAAACGGAAAAUUUCUCAUAUUUUGACAUAUUGGGGAUUCUUCGUAAAGAUGGAUGUUAGUUCUGGAUUGGAUAAAGGAGAUAUCUAUCAAUCUGGCAUUUAUAUUCCUCAGGACGACUUAUCAUACAUGUCUAGUUAUAGGAACGGUCCAAAACCAGCAAAUUUUACUUUUGCUGCGAAAUCUUUACCGUUUAAUCGUUCAAAAUUAGAAGGUGGUUAUACAGGAAUAAAUGAGGCUACCUCAUUUAUUGACGCGUCUACAAUUUAUGGUAACAAUGAUACUGAUUUGCUACGAGUUAGAGAUUAUGGCAAUAAUGGGAAAAUGAUUUUGGAAAAGGUUCCCGGUGAUGAAUUUGGAUUUCCAUUAGUUGACGAGAACGGAGGGUUCGUAUUAGGGUAUAGCGCAGAUUUUAGAAAUGUUUUUACAGAUUUGUUUCACGUAAUUCUCCUACGUGAACAUAAUCGAUUGUGUGAUGAAUUUUUUGCCAUUCAUGGAAAUGAUUGGAACGAUGAAAAAUAUUUUCAGGAAGCUAGAAGAUGGGUUAUCGCUUUUAUUCAAAAAAUUACUUAUUAUGAAUAUCUCGGAACUGUAAUGGGAAUUCCUUUGCCCAAAUAUGAGGGAUAUAAACCUGACCUUAAACCGGAAAUCGAUACUUUCUUUGCUACCGUAACUUAUCGUUAUGGAGAACAGAUUACAACAUUGGCAUUGAAUGAUGUACAAGCACCUGGACUAUUAAAAAUCAUUGGAGUUCCAUCAAUUGCUCUCUCGUUGGCACUUCAAAGACAAGAAGAAGUUGAUAUCUAUUUCUCUGAUUUUAUGCGAAGUUAUAUUCACCGAUCAGUAGAACAUAUGGAUAUUGCCAGUCUUGAUACAGUUCGAAGUAGAGAUCGUGGUAUUCCUUUUUAUAAUGAUGCAAGAGUAGCAUUUGGUUUACCAAAAAAAUCAUCUUGGGCAGAUAUCUCGAGCGAUCCUGAUGUGCAAAAAAGAUUGGAAGAUACCUAUGGAACCGUAAAUCGAAUUGAAGCAUUAAUGGGUGGAUUGGCCGAAGAUCACGUGAAUGGAGGAAAUUACGGAGAGUUGUUUUAUAAAAGCUUUUCAGAACAAUGGAUAAAUAUUAGAGAUUCGGAUAGAUUUUGGUAUGAAAAUAAAGAUGCGGGGUUCAGUAAAGAAGAUAUAGCAAAAAUUCAAACAACAACUUUAUUAGAUAUUUUAACAAGGAACACUCCAAAAUCAUCAUUAUACCCGCAAAAUCUUUGGUUUGUACAGCCACCAGCUUCAUUAAAAAUACCAGAAGAUAAUGCUGCUUAUAAGGAUGCUUUACCACUUGCUGAUGGAUUUGUUAUUCAAUGGAAAAUAGAUGGCUCUGACAUUACUUUCUUGAUUACAUUGAGUAGUACAAAUUCAUGGUUUGGAAUAGGAUUUAAUCCUGAGGGUGAUGCUAUGUCAGGAACCGACAUGAUGAUAUUUCAAAAUCAAAAGAAAGAAGGUUCUAAUGAAAUUACCGUCACUGGAAAGAAUUACAAGGGUAUUGGACUUGCGAUUAAACCUAAAGAGUUACCUGAUAAUGAUCAAAUUUUGACAUUAUUAAGCGCAACAAGAGUUGUGGAUGGAAUGACUCAAGUUGAAGUCAAGCGACCUUUAAUUGCUGAAAAUCGAAAAUCUAUCGAUGGUACUAUUCAAAUGGUUUAUGCUUGGAAUCCUAAUUCGAAUGAAAUAACUUAUCAUGGUGGAAAUCGUGGUAAAAGAGAAGUAAAUUUCCGAAGCGGUUUAAGCUCAAAUCUUGCAGAUGGUAGAAUGAAAUUAUUAAUGAUGCAUGGAAUUGUUAUGUUUAUUAUUUGGGGAGUUUUACUCCCAUGUUCGGUAUGGAUAGUCAGAUAUUUAAGACAUAUCGAUAGCUAUAUGGUACAGCAUCGAAAUUUAAAUUUAUUUGGCGGAAUGGUAGUAGGAAUAUUUGGCGCAGUAGCCAUGUCAAUAACAACUACACACGCAAAAAGUCCUCAUGCAAUCCUGGGCAUAAUAAUAUUUACUUUCACAGUAAUACAAAUUUCUUUGGGUAUAAUGGCGAUUUGGGGAUUGGCUAAUGUUGAAUCUGCAGCUACGGGAAUUGUUCGUAAUUUAAAGCAUUUACAUUUUUAUUUGGGAGGUGCACUGCUUUUAACUGCAUGGGUUAAUAUAUUCUUAGGCUUGAGUGUUUAUGGAGCGAAUAAGGCAUUCAUUUGGGCUUAUUUAGUUUGGUUGGUUUUUAUUGGAUUUGCGAUAACCGCAAGUGAAUUUUAUUAUAAAAUCAAGAAUAUGCAAUUCUUGUGGCCUGUAAGGUUUACGGAAGAUUCGACAAAACGGAUUCAUAAUUGUAUCCCUGAAGAUAUUUUUGAAAAUUUACCUGUCAUUACUUGGGAUGAAUUUAAUAACAGAGUUAUGACGGGAGCCAAUUUAGUUAUAGCAGAGGGAUUAGUAUUUGAUAUACAUCGAUGGAUUCCUGUGCAUCCGGGAGGACAAAGAAUAUUAAGAAGAGUAGUUGGAACUGAUAUUACACAAGAUUUUUUCUUCGAUCCUACAGAUCAAAUAGUUAUCAACACUGACGUUAAAGUUGAAUAUAGCGAUGUUCAACAACCCAGUAUCUCCGCAUUGACGGAUAAUACAUAUAAAGAAAAAUCGAAAUACGAUUCUAAAAAGGAGAAGGAAAGACCUCGUAGCGUAGCAAAUGUUGUUGACAUGGUUAAUGCCAAAACAUAUAAGGAUCGUAGAGUUGCGAUGCAUCGUCAUUCAAAAUUUGCUACGUCUAAAUUAGCUAGCAUGGUAAUCGCCAGGUUAAGAGACGCGGAAGUUACAAAUACAACUAAACCACAACAGAUGAAAAAUUUUGAAACAAAUAACGAAAAGGCAACACAACCAAUACCUAGUUCUCAUAUUUUCCGAAGAUAUAUAUUAACCAAUAUUGAAGUUGUAACUAGACACAAUGCUACAAAUCCUGUUAAAAAAUUGACGUUUCAAGUUAUACAUCAAAAAGACAGAUUACCAAGAUUUCUUCCUGGUGAUUAUAUUGAAAUCAUGAGUUUUGCUAAUAAUCAAGUGAUUACCAGACUAUAUACUCCAAUUCAGGGACCAACUGACAAUAGUUUUUGUAUAUUGGUUAAAAUAUACAAAGAUGGUAUUAUGUCUCAACAUUUAAAUAAACAAUUAAAAAAUUUUGAGAUUAAGGUGAGGGGACCAUUUGAUAUAGCAAAUCGAAUGGUGCUACCAUUUUUGGACACAUCCCCUAUUACUAGAUCUUCAUCACCCUCGGCAUUUCACGCAACAUUUGGUGACACGAACAAAACUCUUAGUGUUUACGAUAUGAGACGGUCACACAGUGUCGCUACAUAUUUACAACAGAAUGGUAUAUAUAAUAGUGAUUUUGGUAGUCAAUUUAAUAGUAUGCUUGAAGGUAGAAGUGGGAUAAUAUUAAAUAAGGAAAGAAAAGAUUUAUGUUGGGAUUCUUUGUUUAUGAUUUGUUGUGGUACUGGAAUUGCUCCAAUGUUGCAAUUGAUACAAUAUCAUAUGGAUAAAGCGGCAUCUUCCAAUUCCGAUUUCAACUUAUUUUUAUUAAUAGCAAAUGGUACAAUAGCAGAUUUAAUAUAUCCAAAAUAUUUAGACUAUAUAUGUCAAGUACUUAAGGGGAAACUUAAAAUUACUUAUAUUUUAUCAAAUCCUCCACAAAUUUGGAAAGGACUCAGCGGAACAAUUGAUGAUACAAAAUUAUAUGAUUGGAUUAUUCAAAAUUAUUCCGUGCCUCCACCUGCAAUUCCACCAAGAUUUAACGGCGAAGGUAAUGUUCCUGACUAUAGCCCCACCUGUGAAACAUUUGACGAACGUAUAAAUGAUCCUGAUCAAAUGUAUAACCAACAUUAUUCAAAUAAUACUGCUCCGGUCAGAAAUAGUCAACAAACGAACGAAAUGAUGUUAAUGAGUGAAAGACAAAAUUAUAUGAGAUUAUUUGCUAUGAAUAAUACUAAAGGAGUUAAAGUAGUUGUUUGUGGUACCGAUCAAUUUAAUGAGAGCAUUAGAAAAUCCUUGGAAAGGUUAUGUUUUCCUAUUGAUGAAAAAGCUUUAUUCUUGAAUUAA